GGUCGUCUCGUCUCCUCACGGAUUCUUUCACGGGUUCCAUCAAAGAUUUCAACAACAAUAAACACAGACGAAGAAGAACACGCACAUUCACACACGCACACAAAGAUAGAGAGAUAGAUAGAUAGAUAGAGAGAGAGAGAGAGAGAGAGAGAUGGGGUUUAGAGUUGGCUUAUGGUUGCUUAUGGCAAUGGUGACAGUUUCUCUGGUUCUUUGCUCAGCUGCCCGAAACGCCAACCCCUUCUCAGCAAAUGAAGAGGAGCGGACCACGGAGGGAAGAUCACUCCUGAGAGUGACAGUCCACGAUUAUGAGGACGUCUCAGCCAACCGCGGCCAUGACCCCCCUUCCACUAGGAGAAGAUCACUUCUGGGGCUGAGAGUCGACGAUUACAAGGACCCCUCGGCGAACCGCAGUCACGACCCCCCAUCCACGAAGAAGUCCACCCCAAGCGCCAGGAGUGGUUGUAGAGGCUGACUGAAGGCCGGUUGCCUGCAUAUUGAAUUUGAACUCGGAAUAAAAGAUGGUGCUAUAUACAAGCAGCUUCUCCUUUCCUUUUCCGGACGUAUGAUUGAAGUGAUACCAUCCCAAAAUGCCUUCGUUUA